AGGUAGGGCAAUAUCAGGUCUGGUAGGAUACCACCCUCCCACAGCCACUGAGUACCAUUGCCAUUGGCCAGGGUCAGAUACCCUGAGUUCAGCAAACCCAUUUGCCUGGACCAUUUCAGAAAGCAAAAGCCAGAGAUUGGAUCAUGAAGACUUUUGCAAAUAUAGUAUUGGGACUUUUUAUCAUGGAGGCAGUUGUAGCAGCUCCAUCAAGGCAGGGAAGACAGGGCCCAGGCUACGACACAUAUGAUGCUUCAAACUAUGACGUGGAUUUAGAAAACCUCAAUUUGGAAAACCAAAACAUCUAUGAUUAUGAUGAUGGACUUACCAUUGAUGAACCUCAGAUUGAGAUUGGCACCCUGCCGCCCAUUGUAGACAGCCAUCCACAGCCAGUCCCUUCUGGGGAUGAGGAGGAAGAGGAGCUCACUCUUAAACCCCUGAACCAAGUCCAGAGCUCAGGGGGUUCAGGGCUCUUGGGCCCAGACACACAGGCAGGCUUGCCCACCUGCCUGCUGUGCACCUGCCUUGGUGGCUCAGUUUACUGUGACGAUGUGAAUCUGGACACGGUGCCUCCUCUUCCCAAAGAGACCACUCAUUUCUACGCUCGCUACAACAAGAUCAAGAAAAUCAAUAAGUCUGAUUUUGCACAGAUGAAUAAGCUGAAGAGGAUUGAUGUGACAAGCAAUGAGAUUUCUGAGAUUGACGAGGAUGCCUUCCGGACUCUGCCUGCCCUGCAGGAGUUGGUAUUGCGGGAGAACAAGGUGCGUCAGCUGCCUGAGCUGCCCAACGCUAUGACUCUGAUCGAUGCCAGCCACAACAAGCUAGGCAGCAAUGGACUCAAACACGAAGCCUUCAAGGAAAUGCACAACCUGCUGUACCUGUACCUCACUGACAACAACCUGGACCACGUCCCUGUGCCUCUGCCUCACACCCUGCGCUCUCUUCAUCUCCAGAACAACAACAUCCAGAUGCUGCAUGAAGACACAUUCUGCAACUUGAAAGACAUCAAUUAUAUUCGCAAGGCUCUUGAGGACGUCCGACUGGAUGCCAAUCCCAUCAACCUCAGCAAAACACCGCAUGCCUAUAUAUGCCUACCCCGUGUGCCUAUUGGCCGACUUUACUAAAGUUAAACAAACAAACAAAAAGAAACAUCAGAUGUAUACAAAGGCCCUAUUUCACAGCAUAACGGCCAAACAAAGGUUAAGCCUAUGGUCACAAAGACAGAACUAAGGCAUUUGGCAGGACUGCUCCCUGAAAGCUGAGAGGCUGGUUUUUUUUUUGUUUGUUUGUCUGUUUUGUUUUGUUUUUAUUUACAGUGACCAUAUUUCUUUUUAAGAGAAUACUCUUUGGGUACAGCAAAAAUAGAAAUGCAAUACAUUUUGUUUUAUGUUUAGUAAAAUAUGUAAUUAAUUCACAGUGUAUGGGAUAUUCUGAAGGGAAAUAUAUCAAAAUAUCAUACGUUGAAGCAUAAUGACCCACAUUUACAAGGUUACGCAAUAAAUAAAUAAAAAUAUAUACUUGCAAUAAAAGCAGAAUUAUGUAAAAAAAAAAAAAAAAUUUUUUAUUUUCUUUUGUAAAGGCUAUAUAAUAAACAAGCUGAAGAAAGAAAUCUAAAUCUUAAUGAACUGGAGUUAUAGUUCUAUUUUAUUUUAUAGAAGCUUAUUUUAUAGGUGCAAACAUACAGCAGCUGCGAUCUUGGUAGGCAUUUCAAGCUACUGUCUAAUUAAUGGGUGUUGGCGACGGGUGGGUUGAAGGGAUUUGGUAGCUAUGACCUUUUGUGCUUUGUAACUAUUGCUAUUAUAUUAAUGUUUUCAGGUUGAAUAAAGUUGUUGUAUGAAA